AUGGUGGCUGGGGUCGGAGGGCAGCAGCAGGAGGGCGUGGCGGCUGCGCAGGAGGGUGGGGCAGGAGUGCAGCAGCAGGAGGGCGUGGUGGCUGCGCAGGAGGGUAGGGCGGGAGGGCAGGAGCAGGAGGGCGGGGAGGCUGCGCAAGAGUAUCGUCGAGGAGAUGAGCGACAGGUCGCAGUAACAAGGAGACACUGCACGGCGAGUGGCGGACAGGCGAGCCCUUUGACCGGGCGGCCUUCGACGACAAGCCAAUCGACGGCGGCCGUUGCAUCCGGAGGCCAGGUCGUCGAGCUACUGAAGAGGGUCGAGGUCGAGGCGUCGCAGAAGCAGCUCGUCGCCGACGUCUUUGGGAAACACAGUGAGCAAGCCGGAGUUUUCAACAUGCUUGCUGCAGAUUUUCGGACGGCCUGGAAUACGAUUUUGGAGUUGUCGAAGAGCAUAUUGAAGCAGUGUGACGACGCUGUAAAGGGUGUCACAGAGGAGAGGAAAGUGUUGGAAGGGGCGCAGGCGAAGAUCGACGAAAUGAGCGGGAAGAUCAUCAAGGGAGUGGCAGCCGCCAUCACAAAAGCGAGCGAGGACGCCGUCGAGAAGCAACUCAAGCAGGUCGAGGAGCGGGUGGUUGCUGCGGUCGUGAAGGGUUUCGAGAAAGCGAUUAAGGAGGACAUGUUCUACUCCAGCCUCCCACCCGAGCUUAUGAAGGAGCUGAAGAUUAUUGUGAGAGAAGGCGUACAAUGA